GUCUCCGGCCCGGCAGAGGGCAGUAGUGUAGUGAAAGCGCCACUUUGUCUAAGACUAGCGAGAAAGCGGUCGUGAACUUCCGCUGGUUGAUGUAUGUUCUCUAUCAUUCAUAAAAGCCGUUAUUAAGUGUAAACCCGGGGUUAUAAUUACAUAAAUAAGCCAUUGAAUCCGGUCAGUUAAUAAACCGAUAGAUGUACAUGUCGUGUUUGGGUUGAGCGCGUGAGCCAUGUCUGCCAUGUUUGAUGGGAGCAGUUUGUCAGCGGUGCAGCCUGCACAGUGCCACACUCAGAGUAACUACAGUCCUCAGGAACUUGCAUCAGAAAUUAAAGCAUUCAUCAGUGGGGUCGACCAGACACAUGGGCGUAAACUCAGCGUCCGGGAUCAUGCCCGCUGUGCUGUGCGUCUCCUCCGCACCGUCCCUGCGUGCCGAGGUGCGGUCCUAGAGCACCUGCGGGGCGUUUACGACGAAUACGUGGCAUCCUUUUUUCAAGACCUGGAGGCUGAGAGUGACGGCGGCAAUAACAGUACGACUACAGGAACCAACAGCAGCGUGUCCAACCUGGAAGAUGUGAUUAAAGAGAUCCACGGCGUGCUGUUAGAAUUUAUUCGGCUUAACCCGAAAGCCUGGGCUCCACUGGUGUCUUCCUGGGCCGUGGAUUUGCUCGGCCAGCUCAGCAGCAAGCACGCAGGGAGAAGAGCAGCUCCUCACUCUUCUAGCCUGAAUGAACUUCUGCAGCUAUGGAUGUCCUGUGCAGCCACUCGCUCCCUCAUGGAGUGUUACUCCCAGUGUCUGGCAGCGAUGUUGGCCUGGUGCCCCGAUGCUUGCGUGGACGCUUUGUUGGACACGUCUGUACAGCACUCGCCUCAUUUUGACUGGGUGGUUGCCCACAUCGGCUCUGCUUUCCCUGGCACCAUCAUCAGCCGGGUGCUUGCCUGUGGACUCAAGGACUUCUAUGCACAUGGAUACUCUUCAAGUGAAAAAUCCAGCCAGCUGCAAGUCAUAGACAAAUCCAGCAGGGUGCCAAAAAUAGGCUCUGUGGUGGGCAUCCUUGGGCAUUUAACCUCCAGGCAUUCUGACAGCAUUAAGAGAGAGCUCCUUAGGAUGUUCCAGGAUAGUUUGUCCCCCCCACCGCAAAACGUGCCUCCGUCUUCUGGGGCUGCAUGGUGGGAGAAUUCACCUCAUCUCCGCAGAGCUACUGUGCCUUUCUUGCUUCAGUUGGCUGCCCUUUCUCCAACUCUACUUGGUGCCGUGUCAGUCGAACUGGUGGAGUUCCUCCGUCCGCCUGUGCUGCUCCAGCUGCACGCUCAGUUCCAGGGCUUGCCCAGAGAAGAGCUAGAGAACAUGUUGGGCUUAGCAGUGCACCUGAUCAGCCAGAGCCCUGCAGGUGGAGCGCGGGUGCUGCGCUUUCUUGCCGACACAGCCACGCCAGCCUCUGUUAUCAUUUCAGGCCCGACGCCCUCGCCGCAUGACGGCGUACGUGAAGCUUGCGACCGUCUACUUCAGAUGCUCCUCCUGCAUCUCCACAAGCUUGUGUACAACCGACCUGACGGUGAAGAACAGUAUCCGCAGUCGACCUCCACCUGUGCAUCACCACGUGUAAUCCCGUUUCUCGAGGAGCUACAGGCACAUGUUGGUGAGCUUUGCGCUGAGACACUCAAACUCGAAAGAAAAAGGCAUCUCUGGUUACAUCAGCUGCUCUGUCUGCUGUCUGUUUACGGUGGUCCUAGUGUGGCUACUGAAGCCUUGUGCCAGUUGCUCACACAAGCCAGGAACCCCGAGGAGCUGGCAUUAGCAUCACAACUCCACUCCCCUCUUUCCUCCUCCAUCCCGGGGCUCCUUCCAGCAGCUGUGGCACGCUGUGUUGCUCAGAUCCACACCCAAAAUCUGAACAGUAGAGAGUUAGUGCAGCUUCUGAACAAUCUGGCCACAGCAGUACAGAGCCAGGAAGAAGCCAGUGCUCCAUCUGGAAGUUCAGCACAUUCAUCCAUGGCAGCUCAGGUUGGAGCUGCAGUUUCCAGCCAUCUCCAUGAUUUCUGCCCGCUUCUCCUUCACGGUGACACUAUGGUAUCCAGAGCAGCAGCUCGCCUUUUGUCCUGCAGCCAGCUAUCGAAAGCUUGCACACCCGCGGAGCUACUAAUGAUAUCGCGGGCAGCAGUGGCCCAUUUUUUUAUAGCUCUGAGACAAAGAGGGGAGGGACUAAAGGUUGGGGGUCAGGCUGGUGGAGAGACAGUCGGAUAUUCUAUGCGCUUGCUCUCCCACCUUUCAGCAUUCUCCUCCAUGACACUUAAAAUUGUCCUGCAGCAUCUUGUGGAAGGAGCGCUACACAAAGGCAACCAGGAUCUGUUUGGAGGCCAAAAAGAAACCACUGGUGAAGAUGGCGCUCUCGCACCCACCCAUGUUCCAGACUUGGGUGCAUCACUGCUGGACAUCAACUGUAAAUUCGGCACAACUGUGAACUUCUCUGGUAGCGUGUGGUCUGUGUUUCAUGCUGGGGUGAUCGGAAAGGGUCUGAAACCUCCUUAUGUUGCUUCACAAUCAGAUCCCGAUAAGGUUAACCAGAACUUGCAGACUUUGCUUGCCGUGACAGUGCAGUGCUGCAGCUCUGGGACUGGAGCAAGCAGCAGUAAUGGCUCAGGCUCAGGAAAUCCCCGCCACCAUCAUGCAGCUGGUGAAUCCGUUUUGGAUGACCCCUCCCCAAUCAAUGCAGAAGCUGCCAAGGUUAUCGCAGUAACUCUGGUGGAGAACGUUUGCCCAGAUGUAGCAAAUGGAGAACUGUCCUGGCCACCUGAAGAACACGCCAAGACCACCGUGGAACGGGACAUUCACAUUCGCAGAUGUUUCGAAGCCAAUCCUGUGUUGUUCCACCUUCUGCGAGUGGUAGCAGCUGGACGCCCAGCUCUCUGUUACUGCUCGGCUGUUUUGAGAGGACUUCUGGCCACACUGUUGGCCCACUGGGAGGCUUCAAGAGAGCCCUCUGUGACAGAUUCCCCGUGGCAUCUCCAAGCAUCUUGCCUGCUUGUGUCCUGUAUGGGAGAAGGUCAACUUUUGCCCCCCGUGCUGAGUAACAUUCAUGAGGUCUUUCCUCAUCUCUCGCCAUUUGAGGUUAGACUUUUACUGCUGGGCGUGUGGGAGUACAUGCGUGGAAACAGCCCUAUGCCACAGAAAUUUACUUUUAUUGCUGAAAAGGGAAUGUUUUUCAGAGAUUUCUCUCGGGACGGUGAUGUGGCACGUUACAUUGCACCAAUCCACAGCGUACUUCACAAGAACAUUGCCCGACUUGGACACUUAUGUUGGAGGUUUCAGGUUUAGCGAACCUGUUUUUAAGGAUAAUGAAUGUUCCUGAGCACUGAGUUUGUAUUUCCCAUAAUGUUUCUUUGACAUAUUAAUCUGUCUUUAUCUUUGAAUCCUUUUGUUUUAAAAGUUUAUAGUCAUCAAAAAGAAUCAACAAAUAUAAAUAUAAAGUGGAAUGUUCAGAUAAUAUGAUUAGUUUAGAUGAGUUUUUUUGUUGUUGUUAUUUUGGAUUGAGGGCAAACAUUGCGAGUUUAAACUGAAAUGGGAGGAGAAAUGCAUUCUUUAUAAUUGAACCAUUGUAAGUAUAAUGCCUUUUCUAUCUUGUGGUUGUUAUUAUUAUUAUGAUUUUUUUUUUUUACAUUAGUGUUUCUUUCCAUGGCCUUGCCACUAAUACAAGGGUGAGACACACAUUAUCCACACUCUGGCUGUAGAAUUUGUUUUAAUUAACUUUCAGAAAAGACAAAUACAUUAUUUUUUAACAUAAUCUCUUUGCUUUUCAAUACACUUUGUCCAUCUGUCAACAAGCUAUUGUAUUCCCUCAUUAAAAAAUGCUUUAGGCUGAGCUGCGAGCCAUGAAUGCACUGCUGUUUUCACUUCUUCAUCAAAAGUGAAUCUUUGUUCUCCAAGGCCUGCUUUCAGGGGACCUGAGUGUCGACAGUGUGGUCAGAAUGAGGGCUUGUCAUGCAAGAUCACAACGCACUUGGAUGGCAGUCCUCUGUGUUUAAUCUAAAGUUCAGGCUUUAGCUCUUUAAUAAGCACUUCACUAUAAUGAACAAUUUUGAUUGCUGAACCUUUUUUCUGAUAAUCUUCCAAUACUGGCUCUUAAGAAUCCCAGAGAACUCUAAGCAUUGAUACAUUUUAAAGCUGUUGGUAAACUUUUUUUAUUAUUAUUAUUUUUUUUUUAAAUCCUUUGUUUAAGAAUAUUUCCCUUCCAUACUUUGCCGUUUACUCUCAGGCUUAUAGUGGUGAAUCCAUGUCUUAUCACCAGUAAUAAUUCUCUUUAAGAAACUUUCUCCUUAGAAAUUUCUUUCGCAGAUAUCUAAAGGCUUCUGUUUAUGCUCUUUUGUGAGUUUUUUAGCAUCUGGUACACCCUCAGGCAAUAAAUAAAAAUAAAUCACU